GUGUGGUUUUGCACAUGCAUUGUAAUGUAUUUUUUCUUUUUUGGCUUUUAAAGUCUGUUCUGAUGUGCUUUCCUGUGUUUUAUUAGUGUUGGCUUGAUAGGUGUCUUGUGUCCAAAUUUGGUGUCAAUUGGUCCAGUGGUUUUUGAGUUAUGUUAAUCCCACAAACGAACAUUACAUUUUUAUUUAUAUAUAGAUUUGUAUCCUGCCUUUCUCUACCCCGAAGAGGACUCAAGGCGGCUUUACAUAUGGCAACUAUUCAAUGCCUUUGGACAACAAACAGAAUAUACUUAAGUUAAAAAUUAAAGGCACAGUAAAACACAUAAAGCAUUGCAUUCACUAUUAAAAACACACCAUCUUUGGGUGCAUCUACACUGCAGAAUUAGUGCAGUUUGACACCACUUUAGCUUCCCUGGCUCCAAACUACUGAAUCAUGGGAGUUGUUUGGCAAGGCCUUAACCCUUCUCGGCCAAUGAGAACUCCCAGGAUCCCAUAGAAAUGAGCCAUGCCAGUCAAAGCAGUGUCCGAGUGCAGUGUGGGUGGGCAUUGGUCAUUCUCAUUGGCUCAGCCCUGAGUCCCCCUCCUUCUCGGGCUCAUGAGGAGAAGUGGCUGAUUCUCUGAGCUCUUGCUAGGCCUCACGCCUCACCAUGAAGCCUGUUAAUGGCUCCCGCUUUGGCCGAAACAGGUUCCGGAUUGUUUACGUGAACCAUUUUGGUAGCCACCGCUGUGGCUCCGUGAUUCAUUAUGGCAGUGGCCACCUCAGGCCUGAGGGACAAGCUCCCCUGGCAACACCCAUUUCUGAGAGAAGAGGGUGCGCAACCCUUUCUCCUUCCCCCCAGGGACAAAAGAGUCCAUGUUUUGUGCUUCGAGCCGGGCCCAAGAUGCAAGCGGGCAAAGCAGGAGCCUGUGGAAGCCGUCCACUUGGCAGAGAAGGGCAGGCCGCAUCCACCACAGCCAAAGACAUGCCUGAGCUGCCAUGCACACCCAGUGCGGACUGGAGUUGUGAGAGGGAGGCUGUCAGCUCCACGGCCUCCAGUAGGCAGAAGCAAACUGGUAUGAGCAGAGCACAUAUCAGAUUCCCGAGGCUGUAUAGACAGUGGAGGGAGGAAAAUAAGAUUUCAAUUAAACUUGUGAGAUCUGAUUUAACCCUUCCAAGUUUCAGAGCCAAGGUUUAUUGGUUGGAUAAUAGCAGUUUAAAUGAAUGUAAUCCAAUUGUUUUAAUAGGUGACUGCCAAGAGUCUCGAAGAGAUGUAUUUGAAUUUUCUGCUCCUUUGGAAAAUGCUAACAACCUGAUUAGGAAACACAAGGAAAAGUCUGCAGUGUGGCACAGAGUUUCUAAAGUGAUUUCUAAGAUGAUAGAAGAAAAUGGACAUUUUCGAAACCGACUUAAACUCUCCAGCCAACUUUCAAAUGAAGGUAGAGAUGUAAAUGAAAAUAUCGCAACUGAAGCUUCAUGCAUGGAUGCAGUAAGUAAAACUGUGUCAUCGACAAAAUAGGGAUAUGAAAUUGUCAUCAAACUAUACAUGGCACUAUAUCUUGUUUCAUGUAAUGGGGCCCUACACCUUGACCAUCUUCUUAUUCCAGAUUAUCUGUCAGUGGAGACUCAUAUAACCCAGUUUAAAGCAGAUAAUCUGCGAUCUGAUCCUGGGAUAUAGGGCAGUGUAGAAGGGGCAUUAGAAGCUUUCCAGAGUAGUGUUAGGCAGGGACAACAUCAACUGGACAAGGUGAAAGGGUAAGAUUAGCUUUCAUGACCUGUUAGAAAUCCCAGUAUUUCAGCCUAGAUGGAGACUGUGAAAAUAGCUAGUUUCUCAAGUGAUAUUUUAUAGCUGUAAGACCUAAAUAUGGCAUCAAUAUUCUGAAGAAAAACAGAGCUGACUGCAAAAUUAAAGAAAAAAAAUAUUGGAUGAUAACAGGAUCCAAAAAGUGUAGUUUCCUUUCAUAUUCUUUAAUAGUGAGGAAAAUAUUGUAUUUCUUCAAUUCUAAGAGACGUUUUCCCUAUAUAAAUGCCCUAAAAACAAGGUGCAUCUUAGAAUAGCAGGUAUGUAUUUUUGUUGGUGGUGAUGGUACUGAAAUUAGGGUGCAUCUUACAAUCAAUACCAUCUUAGAAUCGAUGAAAUACAGCAUACCUAACAGGGCCAAUCUUUAAUACGUUGAAACAUAGAAAAUUGUAAGAAUACAUGUCUUAUUAUGCACCUGAUUUGUGGAUAUGUUCAAGAAUGAUCAUAAGAGCAGAUGGUAGACCUAGUCCAACAGCCUUCUGUUCUUUCCCCCCUCUUAUUCUAUCAUGCCAUUGACUAUUCAUUUAGUGCAAAAUCCUAGCCUGUUGGCAUUGGACAGUUAAUUGGCUGCAUUGCAAAGGAGACCUUUUCCAGAUUUCUUUAUGUUUAUACAUACAUAUACCUCUAUGUAGUAAAUUGUUUCAUAACUGGAUUUCCUUUUACUAUUCAGACAAGUGUAAAAAAUAACUGCCAGGAAUUUAGGCCUCUUCUACACUGCCAUAUAAUCCAGAUUAUCAAAGCAGAUAAUCCACAUUAUCUGCUUUGAAGUGGAUUAUAUGAGUCUACACUGCUAUAUAACCCACUUCAAAGCAGAGAGUCUGGAUUUUAUAUGACAGUGUAGAAGGGGCCUUACAAUUCUGUAUGUCAGGCUACUUUUAAAGGAGUUGGAGCAAUGCUGUUCUUCAGAACAGUAUGUGAUAAAUAGGCGAUGGUUUCAGCACAGCUCAAUAAAUAAAGAAUUAUGAUUGAUUUCUUCUGCUAGAUAACGUUCACCUGUUGAAAAAGCUGAUUUAGGUAAACCCAUCCUCUGACCUACAUAUGUAUAAAUGUUUGUAUCUUAUUUUUCCUUCAAAGAACUCACUCAAAUGCAUCACUGCAAAAUAUGCUAGUUUUUUAAAAUAAUAUUUUUUCAUUAAUUGCUUCAGCAUAUGGGGAGGUUAGGUUUCACUCUUUUUUCUCUAGUUGUGAUCCUGAAGAUCCCCCCUCCCUUUGCAGAGC